AGAGAGGCGGUUGAGGAUGGGCGGCCUGGAGAAGAAGAAGUAUGAGCGUGGAGCAGCCACUAACUACAUCACCAGGAAUAAAGCCAGGAAGAAGUUACAGCUCAGCCUUGCAGAUUUCAGGCGACUAUGCAUUCUGAAGGGGAUUUAUCCUCACGAACCCAAACACAAGAAAAAAGUGAACAAAGGUUCGACAGCUGCUCGCACUUUCUAUCUCAUCAAAGAUAUCAGAUUUUUGCUGCACGAGCCCAUUGUGAACAAGUUCCGGGACUAUAAAGUAUUUGUGCGGAAACUCAGGAAAGCCUAUGGAAAAGCGGAAUGGAAUACCGUCGACCGGCUCAAGGACAAUAAGCCAGUGUACAAACUCGAUCACAUCAUCAAAGAAAGGUAUCCGACCUUCAUCGACGCGCUCCGUGACCUAGACGACACCUUGUCCAUGUGCUUCCUGUUCUCAACCUUCCCUCGGACGGGCAAGUGCCACGUGCAGACCAUUCAGUUGUGUCGACGCCUAACUGUGGAGUUCAUGAAUUUCGUGAUAGGUUCCAGGUCGCUGCAAAAGGUGUUUCUGUCAAUCAAAGGGAUUUACUACCAGGUUGAAGUUCUCGGUCAGCAGAUAACCUGGAUUGUUCCCUACACGUUUGCUCAUGAUCACCCCACCGAUGUGGACUACAGAGUCAUGGCUACCUUCACCGAGUUCUUCACUACUCUUCUCGGCUUCGUCAACUUCAGACUCUACCAGAGUCUCAACCUGAUGUAUCCUCCCAGGCUUCAACUCAACCCAGAAAACGAGCUUCCGGCAGAUGGCGAGUGUGCCGUGGACUCCGAGAACUACAUGGAGAGAUUGUCGGCGUUGAGCGACAGCUUAGCUCGCGUGAUACCUUCCAGCGAAGAGGACGAGGCGGAGAUCGACGAAUUUCCCGCUGAGGGAGAGAAUGCCGAGCUGCUUGAAGAGAGGCAGAAAGAGCGAGAAAGUUUAGCCAAACAGAAGAAGUUGUUUGAGGGGAUGAAGUUUUUUUUAAACCGUGAAGUGCCACGAGAAUCCCUGGCCUUUAUUAUCAGAUGUUUUGGAGGCCAAGUGUCGUGGGAUAAAACCCUUUGCAGUGGGGCGUUGUACGAGGUGACGGACAAAACGAUUACCCAUCAGAUCGUGGACAGGCCCAAUUUCAACCAGCAGUUUAUCAACAGGUGUUACAUCCAGCCCCAGUGGAUUUUUGACUCCGUUAAUGCCAAGACGUUGCUUCCGGUGGCAGAUUAUUUUCUCGGAGUCGUUCUGCCGCCACAUCUGUCCCCGUUCGUGGACGAGAAGGACGGCGACUACAUUCCCCCGGAGAAGCUCAAGCUCCUGGCCUUACAGAGAGGAGAGACUCCACACGCAAAGCAAAGCGAUUCGGAAUCCGAGGACGAUCAGGAGGAUGAAGAUGGCUCCGACGAAGACGAAGAUGAAGACAUGGACGAGGAGGAGAAGCGUGAAGAGCAAAGGCUGAAGAUAAUGGAGAGCCAGAAGGCGAAGGGCCAAAAACUGAACGUGAAGGUGACCACAGGGACGGUGAAGCUGGAGGACAAGGGUCGGGUGGCCCAGCUGGUACAAGCCGAGGAGAAGCGGCUGGCCAUCAUGAUGAUGAAGAAGAGGGAGAAAUAUCUGUACAACAAGAUCAUGUUCGGCAAGAAGAGAAAAGUCCGAGAGACGAACAAACUGGCUGAGAAGAGGAAGGCUCACGAUGACGCUGUCAAAGCUAAGAAGAAGCGGAACAAGAGAAUGAAAUCGCAGUAACAAAGCGAAUCUUUUUCUCCCAGAUCCUUUGUGCUGAGAUUUAUGAUGGACAGUAAGGGACGGUGUACAGUCAGCGCAAUGUGUCCACCAGCCCUCGCAUUCUAUGUAACCUUAGAGAAUUCUCAUCAGCCAAACACAUUGUGGGGUUAAAGUCACCAUGUUAUUUGGUGAUUGAGAGUUAUAUCCCCUGUUUGUAAGGUCAUUUCUAUUUGUAAAGCCAACACUGCGAGAGGGGGGUGUUCUGCACAGUAAAGUGCUGUCCAUCGCAUGACUUGGAUAAACUCUGCCCCAUAACCCACACCAAGUACCUUUUUGUGGCACUUCAAUCAUUGUAGAAGGCUCUGGCCUGCUAUCAGAGGGCUACUGUAAGGGUUACUCGGAAACACAAACGUGAACUGGUUACAGUUAACAUGCAAACCCCAUGUUUUGUCAUCUGUUUCCCGCUCAUGAGGCCAUCUGAAAGCUCGCUGGGGGGCAGUGGCUUUGCCUCGAGCCUAUUUUAUUUUGUACCAAGUCGCAUUGCUUCAAAACGAUGAUAUUUUAAAAAAAAAUGCAGCCAUCGGUAGGUACUAGAAUUACCAAAAUAAACCCAGG